AAUCAUUCACUGGGCCAGAGGAGUUUUUGCUCAUCCGUCUUCAUCCAGCUACCCCUGACCAGCCAACUGCGCAGCUAGAGUUCAGGGAUUUCUUGGUAGAACAGUUACCAGCAGCUUCCGGACACUGUGCUCUUGGGAGGAACUAGGACGCUACGUACCGAGGCACCCAACAGAGCUUUUCCCUCUAUUACUGCAGAUCUGACAUUGCCAAUUACUCUUUCUUUUCGAAAUUCUCUCCUCCUCUGGCCGGCCAGAACACAGCCCUACUCUGGUCCUCAUUUUGGGGGCAGGAAAACAGACGGUUUGAUCGAGGUUAUCGGUGCGGUUGGCACACAAAGUACACGGGCUUUUCUUGGUGGAGCCGGGUGACUGUCCACCAAGGAGGUGGCCUUGAAUCUGAACAGUGGAAAACAGAGAGAUCAGAGUCUAAGCUGUGAUUUCCUUGAAGACGUGGAUGUGGUAGCAUUUAUCUUAGUGCUUUGUGACCAGUAGGAAUUCAGUGACUGCUUAUUAAAUUGAGUUCUUUCAGCAGAAAAAUGUCAGAGAGGCAUCAAGUCACGUGCCCCCCAAGAGCUCCAAACGGGACCCUUCACAGAAAGGGUGCACUGAGAGUCUGGCCCUUCUCUAUGCUGUGCGGAGUCCCCCGUCCAAUUCUGUUCCAAAUUACACUGGUCGCUUCUCUGUUGGCCACUGUUCUUGGCAGAUGUGGCCCCCCACCUAUUUUAUCCUUUGCUUCUCCAACAAUGGAGCUGAACCAGACAGAGUUCGAAGCUGAAACUGUCCUGCGAUACAGCUGCCGCCCUGGCUACUCCAGGAACACUUCAGUUCAGACUCUUACCUGUAAAUAUAACGGCCAGUGGAAGUAUAAUGUCUUCUGUGUCAAGAAACGGUGCAGAAAUCCAGGAGAUUUACCUAAUGGCAUAGUGGAAAUUAAGACAGAUUUCUCCUUGGGAUCGCAAAUAGAAUUCAGUUGUUUAGAAGGGUAUAUCUUAGUUGGCCCAAGCACUAGUGCUUGUGAGAUCCAAGACAAGGGAGUGGACUGGAACGCUCCUUUUCCAGUGUGUGAAAUUGCUAAGUGUAAGUCCCCUCCAGACAUCAGCCACGGGAAACACAGCGGUGACAAUGAAGACCUCUACACAUAUGGCUCCUCGGUCACCUACAGCUGUGACCCCAGCUACUCGCUCAUAGGCAACACCUCCAUUUCCUGUGUGGUGGUGAAUGGGACGGUAGGAAUCUGGAGCCCAAGCCCUCCCACCUGUAAAAAAAUCAUCUGUCGCCUGCCCACCAUUCCAUAUGCAAAGAUUGUGUCUGGAUUUGGACCCAUCUACACUUUGAAAGACUCUAUCAUGUUUAGCUGCCAGAAGGGUUUUGUCCUCAGAGGCAGCAGUGUAAUCCGUUGUGAAUCUGACAACACCUGGAAUCCUUCUCCUCCUGUGUGUGAGCCAAAUAGUUGCACGGACCUACCAGACAUUCCAAAUGCUUCCUGGGAUGAAUACAUCAGGCCAAGGAGAGGGAACUUGUAUUCACCCGGGACAGUGUUCAAGUACUAUUGUCAUCCUGGCUACAGACCUGCUACACAUGAGCCCACAACUGUGACUUGUCAGAGUGAUUUCAAAUGGAGCCCAUUCAAAGGGUGCAAGAAGGUUUGUUGCCCAGCCCCAGAGGUGAAGAAUGGUGGAAGCAUAGAAACAGAAGCUGUCGUUACCACUGAGUGUCCUUAUUCUCCCAACGACAUCAUUUACUAUAGAUGUGUGGACAGGCAGUUGCGCCUGACAGCAUGCCAGUCGGAUGGCACGUGGAAUGCCCACAUGCCCCUCUGUGGCCGAGGCUGUGAAGUGCCUCCUAGCAUUGCCCAUGGACAUUAUGAAAAAGUUUCACUAUAUCACUCAUCAUUUGUAUAUAAAUGUGAUGAAGGUUACAAGCUGGUUGGACAAGAGAAGAUCUCCUGCAAGGAUUCCCAGUGGUUAUCUGAAGCCCCUCAAUGUAAAGCUCAGUGUCUGAAGCCUAAGAUAGAAAAUGGAAAGCUGUCUGUGAACAAGCCUCUGUACAUAGAGUCUGAAAAUGUCACCAUCCACUGUGACGCUGGCUUUGGAGUCGUGGGUUCCCGCAGAAUCACUUGCUCUGGGAACAGAACCUGGUACCCAGCGGUGCCCAAGUGUGAGUGGGAUGUACCAGAAGGCUGUGAACAGGUUGUCACAGGCAGGAAGCUCAUGCAGUGCCUGUCAAGUCCCGCUGAAGUGCGGAUGGCCCUGGAGGUGUAUAAGCUGUCUCUGGAGAUCGAACUGCUGCAACUACAGAUAGACAAGGCCAGGCGAUCCACUCAGGAGUGGUAGCUGUGGGAGAAAGAGAUGCCUGGAUGUCUUGCUGUCUCCAAUUCCAUGCAGACCAAUUUAGCAACUCUUCUGUCACACUGCACCUCUACUCAUGACAAUAAAUAUCUAGAGAGGCUCAUUGGUUAAA